UCUGGUGUAUUUCCAGUGUGUUUGUUUAUGGUUGUGGUGUUGGUGUAUGUGCCGAUCUGCUGGUGUGAGCAGUUGUCAUUGGUUCUUUGUGUAUGUUUUUUACCAGUCUGCUGGCGUCUGCCCUGUACUUCCUGACUUGGUAGUGGAAUUCAUAUACACAUUUCAUACACUCGAAUUAACUGAGCCUUGUGUAGAGGCCCAAUGUGUCAGUGUAGCCCAAUUAUAUGUGCUUUUAAUAGAUUUGUCCACCAUAAUUCUUUAUUCCCUACUUAAAUUCGAUCUUAGAGUGAGUUAUAUUCUACUUUAAUUUAGAUAUUGAGGUGCUUCUGGCAGGUGGUUAGAGCAGCUCUCCUCUCAGUGUCUCAAUGGGAUACCAGGGUAUGGAAAGCAGGUGGUGGCCCCAUGUUACUUGGGCCCAAUCAUACUGUGAGCUAGAAACUUGGCUACCCCUGGAGGGGAAGGUACGUAGUAUGGGGCCCCCAGCAUUUGUAAUGGUGACCCUGAGGCUUACACAUGCAAUGACAUAAAAGAUAGUUUAUCCAUACCAUGAAAUUACCAAAAUUCUAAUUAAAGGGAAACUCCACCAAAUAUUCAAAAUAAAUUGCUAAAGGAAAGAGAAUUCAAUUCUAAGCAACCUCCAACUGUUUGCCCUGACUACAUGUACUAUUCCUAUAUUGCCAUGCAUUCUUUUAUGAUUCUCAUUGUGAAAAGGGUAGUUCGUCUUAAAAUUUAUUUUUAGACGCUUGCAAUUGGUCUUCAGUUUUUGAAUUGUUUGCAUUUUGCAGCUGUGUAAUUUUAACUGCUAUGUUCAGCAUGAAUUAUUCUAGCAAGGGUGGCCGAUGUAGAAGAAGUAGGCUAACAAUUCAAAUAUACUCUUUUGCUCAGACUAUGUUAAUCUGUAAUAUAACAAAUGUUUAUUUCAAAGUGAACUUUAAUUUCCAUAUUUAGCACACUUCUGUGAUUAACAUUUGACUGCAGAACAAUUCGCUAGUGCAACAUUUUUCAACAGCACAUAUAGUCGGGACCAGCAGUGCUGAGAACAGACAGAUACUGCCUAAAAUAAUAACAUUCGCAAACACUUUUAAAAUCAUAUGAUACUAUAGCUACUGUAUGUCUGUUUGUGAACUGACACCUGCUGGUGACAGGUGAGUAUUGCCCAUGCAUGAUAGUCUGACAAGUAUUUUUUCUUGCUGUUUUAUAUUGUUUGGUGAUUUAAAAGCUGUUGUGGAGGAAUGUUUCUACAAACUAUGCAACCAGACACACUGUUGUAAUCCAUUGCCAGUACACUAUGAUAAAUUCUGAACAUUUUCCGAAAUGUCACGGCACAAAUUCCUGUGGACUUUUUCCAAAGAAAAAUGUAAAAGUCAAGCCCACAUCCACCUUAUUAUCUUCUCGUGUCUCGAAGCAAGCUAAUGCAGUGCACAACAGCACUCAACAGAAGUUUGAGACUCUGCGCAUAACACACCAAGAUGGCAUCACAACAAUAAUAAUGAAUAGACCACAAAGGAAAAAUGCUUUUAGUCUUCAGAUGUUCAAUGAACUUGAAUUAGCACUAGAUGAUGCUGCAGCAGAUAAUUCUGUUUUCACUGUUCUAACAGGAGCUGGCGAUUAUUUCACUAGUGGAAACGAUCUUAAUAAUGCUCUCGAGAAUCAUGCAGAAGAGAAGAGAUUUGACCUAAGGUGCUUCGUUCGUAAAUUCAUUGAUUUUCCUAAGCCUCUAGUUGCUGUUGUGAAUGGGCCUGCUGUUGGCAUUGGUGCAACAAUUCUUGGACUGACGGAUCUUGUCUAUGCCUCUGAUAAGGCAACUUUUAACACGCCGUUUAUCAAAUUAGGCCUGUGUCCUGAGGCCUGCUCUUCUUACACAUUCCCCAAGAUAAUGGGCUUUACAAAGGCGACAGAGGUACUUCUCUUCAACAAGAUAUUGACUGCACAAGAAGCUUGCAGCCUAGGACUGGUGACUGAAGUUUUCCCAGAUAGCACUUUCCAGCAAGAUGUCUGGGCAAGAUUGAAGGAUUAUGCCAGCCUCCCUAAAAAUUGUCUUGCAUACUCCAAACAAUUGAUUCGAGGAUUGGAAAGGGAGAAACUCUAUGCUGCUUGUGAUGAAGAGUGUGACCUUCUUGAUAAAGCAGUGACUUCAGAGGAAGCAAUGAAUGCAAUUAUUCAGUUUUUCAAGAAAAAGUCCAGGCUGUAAUUAUGUGUAUGGGGAUAAUAUAGAAGUGUCUGAUCUGUUAAACCCUGUAUUGCCUUCUUUAAAUAAGAAAUAUUGCAAUUAGACAAAAAAGUGUUUAUGACUUAACAGCAGACUCCAAUUUGAACCAUUCUACAUAGGUAUAUGUGGGUUUUAGUGUUUAGAGAAUUUACUGAUUUCAAUGUGCUGUCAUUUAUGUUGUUGUGCUAGUUAAAAUCUCUAAUUAAUCAGAAAUUUACCUUAAAGGAAUUGGUAUUGGUUUAUUCUAACCAAGCAUUUAGCUAUGCCUAGAUAUAUAUGCAUUUGCUACUCCUGGCAAAACAUUUAAAGGAACAGAUCAUUUAAAAAUACUGGGUAAAUAGGGUGUGUAAAAUAAAAAAAAAAUUCAAUAUAGUUAGUAAAAAAAAAGUAAUGUAUAAAGGUUGGAGUGAGCGGAUUUGCCCACAUACAGGGGCACAUUUACUAAUGGUCGAAUAUCAAGGGUUAAUUAACCCUCGAUAUUCGACCGUCAAAGUAAAAUCCUUUGAAUAUCUAAGGAUUUACCGCAAAUACUUAGAUCGAAGGAAAAAUCGUUUGAUCGAACGAUUAAAUCCUUCUAAUCGAACGAUUCGAAGGAUUUUAAUCCAUCGAUCGAACGAUUUUCCUUCGAUCAGAAAUUUGUUAGAAAGCCUAUGGGGACCUUCCCCAUGGGCUAACAUUGAUGUUCGGUAGGUUUUAGUUGGCGAAGUAGGGGGUCAAAGUUUUUUUUAAAGAGACAGUACUUCGACUAUUGAAUGGUCGAAUAGUCGAUCGAUUUUUAGUUCGAAUCAUUCGAUUCGAAGUCGUAGUCGAAGUAGCCAAAAAAAAAAAACGUUCGAAGUUCCUUCACUCGAGCUAAGUUAAUGUGCCCCUUAAUAUAUUUUUGCUAUUCAUAAGAGAGAGAGGGAGAGAGAGAUAUUUGUCUUAAUUGCAAUUUUUUCUAACAAAGUUAUUUACCAUAUUUUUAUUAUUCAUGGCAUCAUUAACAAAUAAAAGAAAAACUUUCUUUACAAA